GGAAUGUCAGCUUAGAGAUACCAAGAUUGCUCUGCCACUCCGCUGGGGUUGUGACCAAGGGCCAGGAUUGUCCGUGGCUUGAAUCCACAGUUUCUAAUAGAUUCGGAGAAGAUGUCAUCCCAGAGUCAGUCAAGCCUCCUCCACAGGUACAAGGGUGUCCUCUUCCCUGCCGUGUCUUCGGAAGAACUCCUCGAUUCCUUGGAUUCUUUUGAUGCAAGAGAAGACGACAUAUUUCUGGUUUCCUACCCAAAAUCUGGAACCCACUGGGUGGCGGAAGUCAUUGAGAACAUUCCCGAUGCUGGAGUCACUCUCACAUACCCUAUUGAAUGGGGAGACAUUUCUAAAUUAGAAGAGCUAAAAACGGUCCCUAAGAGAAGGGUUAUCCCAACGCAUCUGAGCUAUGAGAUGACCCCUGUGACGGUUAAACAGAAGAAAUGUAAGAUUGUGUACAUCGUCCGAGACCCGAAGGAUACAGCCGUGUCCCUGUUCCACUACUACAGAGAUAACCCCAACCUCCCAUCCCCUGACACGUGGGCUGCGUUUUUAGAGCUGUUCCUCAAAGGAGACGUUGUGUAUGGUUCCUGGUUUGACCAUGUUCUGAGCUGGGAUAAGUACAAAAAUGACAAGAACGUCCUCUUCCUAUUCUAUGAAGAAAUGAAGCAAGAUUUCGUUAAGAGCAUAAAGAAAAUGACUUCUUUCCUUGGCAUCCAUGUGAAUGACAGUGAGAUGAGUAGGAUCGCUCGGAACACAUCGUUCAGCGAAAUGAAAAGCAAUGCAGUUAAAGAAAACUGCGAUCCCAACCACACCAUCUGUGCCCUCACGUCCGACAGGAACCUGGUAUUCAGAAAAGGAGUGGUGGGUGACUGGAUAAACUACUUCACUCCGAAGCAGAAGAGAGUCUUUGAUGAACUAUUCACAGAGAAAAUGAAACACAGCGACGUGGGCAGAUGCCUGAAGGAGUAUGUGAACACAGAUGGGAAAUGACAUCGAUUUCCAUUCUCUGCAGUGCAGCGCUCAGAAAACAUGUAAAUAAUUCUUUACGGUUGUGGAAAGCAGGCCUCUCUUCCCACGGGAAGCACAUACAUCAAGAAUGUGUCUAAAGUGGCACUUACGAGAGACUAUCAUUACUACCGUGUUUGGUGACAGUAGAGAAUUAUUAAUAUAAGGGGGCAUAAAAUUCUUCAGUAGCUGAACUCUGUAUCCAUUUCUGCAUGUUCAGUAAGGCCAGGGGCAGUUUCUGUUCAGAAAGAGAGCAUUACUGUAAACCCCCACGAACUACACAGAUGUGGAAAGGAGGAGAAAAUUGUAUUUUUUGCCUAUAUCCCAACGUUUUUGUUUCUACAUUUCCAAGUGUCUGUAAGAAACACUUUCCCAAAUCACAAUAACAACAGACCCCUUCCUGUCGAGCUUGGAACACCUAAUAGUUGGAUCCUAUUAUACAUUGAUGAACAUGAAGAAUGAAUAGACCUCUGGAUGAACAUGACUGAGUAUGCCUGUAUUUUCUUAAAAUCACCUCAAUUAAAUUAUACAUUUUCUCAUUUUCCCAAUUUUGAAACUGAACUUUCCUUUGAAAAUUUCCAUGUUUAUGAUUCUUUAUAGUCUUUUGGAUAUGUACACUCUCUUCCAGACUCAUGCCCAAUGCUAAUCCAGUCUCUAUAGCUCUCUGUAAGGUGUACCACCCAGUGCCUUUCACGAGAGGGCACUGUAAGGUGUUCUCCACAUGUCUCUGCUGGCACAGUUUACUUCUGUUGUAUACUCUCACAUAAAGGCUUGCUGGGAAAUCAAAACCAUACUAUGUUUAGCUCUUAAUGCUGAGCUCAAAGAAGGAGGUGAUUUGCUGAGUUCAGCUGAACUCUUUGACUCUUGUAUAAGAGCCAAUGUAAAUGUCCAGGGACAAAUCGGUUGGAGUAUUUUAUGUGUCAUGGAUGACUCAGGAAGAAGUUCAACUUACAUAAAUCUUCUGCACGCAUGCGUUUGUUACAAAUAAAGACCAUUCCUUUUGA